GGGGCUCUAAACGUUGCCUGCCAGGGUGUCGGAGGAGGCUAUCGCGCUGAGCUCGCUUCGAAUACCCUCCCCGCCGGCACAGAUGCGGAUGCGAUCCAAGAAGGCAUCGACAUGUUUAAACUAGCCGCCAAGAACUGCCCCGACUCGAAGAUCGUAUUCGGCGGCUACUCCCAGGGUUCAGCUGUUAUGCUUAACGCAGUGCCAAAGCUAGACGCCGCAAUUUUGAAACUGGUUGUCGGCGGUGUGUUCUAUGGGUAUACCAAAAACGAGCAGAAGGACGGUCAACUUCCGGGCUUUCCCUCCGAGAACUUGGAGGUCUUCUGUAGGGAGGAUGAUGGUAUUUGUGAUGGGAACCUCGUGGUUACCGCUGGCCAUUUUGCGUAUACUUCAGAUGGAUCCAUUCAGGAGGGAGCGCAAUUCUUGGUUAAUCGGUUUGCUGCCGCAGGUAGUGCUACGAAUUAG